AUGACGAUGAAUUUGUUGCCGUCACAAGCUACGGAUGUGGCCAAAGUUGCCGCGGCUCUGAGGUCACUUGGCGUAGGGAAGGGUGAUGUGGUGUGCGGAUUUAUGCCAAAUGCAUAUGAAACGAUCGUGUCGGCACUUGGAACUGCAGCCAUCGGAGCAGCAUGGUCUAGCGCAAGUCUCGAUUUCGGGCCCGGCGGCGUUCUCGACAGGUUCAAGCAGGUGAAGCCCAAGGUUAUCUUCACUGUCAAUGCCACCACCUACAAGCGCAAGCUAUUUGAUUUGCGACGCAAAGUGGAUGAGAUUGUUUCCGAGUUGCCAACCCUGGAAAAAGUGAUCCUGAUCAACUACAAGUCGGCGCUCCCCGUCAACCUCAGCGACUACAAAUGCAAGGAGAAGCUGGCCAUGUACGAGGAUUUUGUCGCCAAUUUCAGCGGUGCCAAGCCAAGCUACGAACGAGUGCCAUUCGGCCAUCCACUCUUCGUAAUGUUCUCCUCCGGCACGACGGGCGUGCCGAAAGCUAUGGUGCAUACCGUUGGGGGCACUUUACUUAAACACCUCGAAGAGCAUUUGAUCCAAAAUGACGCCCGGCAGCAGGAUUCUAUGUUUUUCUAUACGACCUGCGGUUGGAUGAUGUGGAAUUGGUCAAUCUCGUUUUUGGCUUUUGGCAGCCGAUUGAUUUUGUACGACGAGUCCCCCCUGGAGCCCGAUCACUACGUGAUCCCGAAAAUUAUUUCCGAUUCCAAGGCAACAAUCAUCGGGAUGGGCGCGCAACUCUACGACCGAUUUGAGAAGAUUGACGCCAAACGGAAUUUGUGCAAAGAAUUCGGACUUGGCGCGGUUCGGCUAGUCCUCUCGACGGGCAGCCCCUUGAAGGAGGCCAUUUUCCGGUACAUCAACGCAAAGUUGGCGCCCGGGGCCGUGAUCGGGUCUAUUUCUGGUGGUACGGACAUCAUCGGUUGUUUCAUGGGUGCCACGCUUUCGAAGUCUGUCAUCCCCGGGCAAUGCACCGUCCCCUACCUUGGCCACGAGAUCAAGUCGUUCAAUCCACGAGGCGAAGCUAUACAAGAUCAGCAAGGCGAGCUCGUCUGCCUCACCCCUUUCCCCUCUAUGCCAUCGCAUUUCCUAAACGACACGGAUGGCUCCCGCUAUUCCAAAGCCUACUUCGAGCGCUUUCCGGGUGUCUGGGCACAUGGCGACUACUGCAUCAUUGAUUCUGCGACCGGCGGGAUUACGAUGCUUGGAAGAUCUGACGCUACCUUGAAUCGCGGUGGAGUACGUAUGGGCACCGCCGAAAUCUACAACGUUGUCGACACGUUCGCCGAGAUUGCGGACAGCAUUGUGGUUGGAAGACAAAUCCCCCAAGAAAAGGACGAAGAGAUUUUGCUGUUCGUCAAACUUUCGCCGGGAUCCGUUCUGGACGACCAUCUUCGAUUGGCCAUUUGCAAGACGAUUAGGGAGCGGCAAAGCCCUCGCCACGUCCCCAACAAGAUCAUCCCGAUCGCCGAUAUUCCGUACACCAACUCGGGCAAAAAGUUGAAAGAGGACGAGCUCAAGGAGCUGUUCAAGACGCACGGCGAAGUUGCUGAGUGCUACCUCUCGGGCAAGGGAUUCGCCUUCGUCAACAUGGAUACGCGCGCUCAUGCUGAAAGUGCCAAGGAGGCCCUUGAUGGUACCCAACAUCGCGGUCGUACUUUGCGCGUCCGUUUCGCCAUGCACGGCGCCGCCGUCCGUGUCAAGGAGCUGUCUCACACCGUUUCGAACGAGAUGCUCUACAACGUCUUUUCUAACUUUGGCGAAGUCGAACGCGCCAUCCACGUCGUCGACGAGAAGGGCAGACCCACCGGCGAGGGAAUAAUUGAAUUCGAACGCAAGCCUGCCGCCAACGAAGCUAUUGCGCAGAUCCGCGACAAAGUCUUCUUGAUUACAGCAUGCCCAAAGCCAUUGGUAGCCGAACCGGUCGAGGCCAAGGACGAAGAUGACGGUCUUUUCGAGCGAAAUGUGCCCCGUACCCCUCAGUUACAGAAGGAACGUGAGGUUGGCCCGCGUUUCCCGCCGCAGAACACUUUCGAGUUCGCGUAUGGCCAGAAAUGGAAAGAGCUCUAUGAGGUCGAAAAGCAGCGCCGUGCCCUGCUCGAGGACGAGCUGCGCGAAGGUCGAAAACGCCUCGAAGCCGACAUGGAAAUUGCCUACCAAGACUAUCAGGCGCAAAUGCUACGAGAAGAUCUGCAGCGCCGUCAGCAAGAGCUAGAGCGUCUCGAAGCCGCGCGCCGUGAGCGCAUGUCGAAUAUGGGCCCGCCCUCGAUCAACAUGGGACGAGGAGGACCGCCGCCGCACAUGGUCCCGCCACCUUUCCAGUCCCAGCAGCAGCCAAACCCGUUCUCUGGAGGUCCGCCUGGCCCUUUUGGGGUACCCUCGUUGGCGGUGCCGCCUCCGACUCAUCAUCAUCAACAACAACAUCCACAACAUCAACAGCAACAAUUCGCACCACCGCCACAGCAGGGAAACCCCAAUGGUCCACGUCCGAACGUGAUAGAAGGUGUCCAGCGUCUCCUCCAACUAUUCAAGAACGACGAUGGCCGCGGCGCUGGGCCAGGAAAUCAGCAGAACAUGCAGCAAAAUCAUCCCGGUGGUGCUUUCAACAACUAUCAGCCGCGCUACGGAGCGUCGGGCGACCACUACGGCGGCGGUUCGGAUGCUUUCGGAAAUCAGCCACCAAUGAAGCGUGAGAGGCGC